AAAAAGUUCAGAUGAACUAAAAAAUCUCCUUUUUGAAAACCCUAGAUGGGUAACUUUCAUUCAUCCCCCCUUUAACUUCUCCCUCUCUUUCGUUUGCUUCUCUAUUUUCCUUAACUUCUAUAUGGCCUUCCAAAUUUUCUCUUUUCUAGCUGCAAAAGAUAUUGGUCCUAUGCACACCCUUAAGUGAAAAAUCUUGCCUUCCCCACCCUUUGAGUGUGUUCGUGUCUCUACCAAGUUGUCGUGUGCACGGACACAAAAUUAAGGAAAUAGAUGAGAAAAAUAAAUGAACAAGUUCAGGAAUUGAAGGGAAAAGUGAGGAAGAUGCUAAUGGCUCCAAGUGAAAAGUCUUCACACAAGCUGAACUUAGUUGAUGUAAUUCAGUGCUUACGCCUUUCUUACCAUUUUGAAAAUAAAAUUCAAGAAAUUUUGCAGCAAUCAUACAAAACUCUUCAUAACCUUGAUGAUCAUGAUAAGUUUGCCAAGUUCAUUGACAACAAAGGGAAGUUCAAGGAGUCACUUAUCAAUGAUGCACGAGGAAUGUUAAGCUUGUAUGAAGCCGCACAUCUCAGAGUGCAUGGGGAAGAUAUACUUGAUGAUCGAAGCACUUGCUACACUGCUACUCAUCUUGAGGCUGUAGCAUCCCACUUAAGCCCUCCUCUUGCAGCAGAAGUAUUAUUAUCGCUUAACGCUUGUGCUAAGGAAGAGCCAACUGCUUUCUUUGGGAUUAGCGCUUGGGGUACAAUCUAUUAAUUGGAAAAGUAAAUUCAUAUAUAGGUGGGAUAUUGGUGCCACAGAUCAACUUCCAGAGUACAUGAAAAUGUGUUAUCGGGCACUCUUAGACGUUUUACAGUGAAAUUUAUAAAAAAAAUAGGCGAAGGAAGAUCAUAUCGCGUCAAAUAUGCAAGAGAAGCAGUAAGCGUCAUAUAUAAAAAUUUAAAAGAUUAUUUGACAAAAUUACUAAACUUAUCCUUAGUUUUGGGCAUGUAUCAAAUUGAUCACGGGCAUAAAUAAAUAAAUCAAUUAUCUCAAUUCUCCUUUUU